AUGCCCGGGCCGUCCACAAAGUGCAACGACGCCAAGCCCAUGUUUGACCCCCCAGGAACGCGAAGCCUGAUCAACCAAGCAGAUCACGACAUUGCAAUGCAGCUACCCAAGAACAAUGGAGUUGGCGUGAGGACGCUUCGGCUGUUGCUAUUCGUUUCUCGCAAGCUGGGCAGCAAUCCAAAUGACCUGUUGCAACCAUUUUUGGGGUACCGUGAUGACGAUUCGGGCGACUUCGACGAUGGCGAGCAGCCUUCUGGUGACGAUUACGGCGUGGACGGCGACGACAACGAACAGGGCGAGUUAGUACCCCCUAUGACAUUCGAGACAUGGUCGCCACAGUCGAAGAAAUCCUCGAAGCGGUUCGGCGCGUACAGUGCGGCGAGUCGAAAGCAGCGGUCGUACGAAGCAGGACACAUACUGUCGAUCCAAGCAGGUUUUCCACGAAGCGUGACCCGCGGAUGGUAUCAAAAGUUUCGCACCCGAAAUCCGAUUCUGCUGUCGCGAAUGGCACACCUGCUGUCGAAGGGUCGCAACAUAAUGAACAAGGAAGGUAUCAUCUCGUACUUUAAUUUGUUAAUUCGAGCUUGCAUUCGGUUUGAAUGUGACGCCAGCGAUGUAUACAACAUUAAUGAAACGAGUUUCAAGACCAAGAACCAAUCGAAGAAGUUUGUUGCAAUUCGCGGGUCGAGAAGCGUGUGGGUCGAAGAAAAGACGGGGGCAUAUCACCUCACUAUCGUCAUCACUGCAGCCGCUAAGGAGAACUCGUCCCGCCGGCCAUUAUCUUACCUGGGGUGA